AACAUGUGCUCACACCGCGGCUAACACUGCAGACGCCAGACACUGCUUUUAUAAUUUUACCGCUUAGAGUACAAAUCUUUCAACUUUUCAAGAUACUAAACUAAUAAAGAGAUACUUAUACAGUUUUUUUUUUUUUUGAAAAUUGACGAAUACAAAGUAUGAGUUUGGUAUCAUUGAACGAGGCGGAAAAGGUGUAUAUUAUUCACGGAGUCGAGGAAAAUUUCCGAUGCGAUGGACGCAGUCGACAAGAUUACAGGCCGUUGGAAUUGGAAAUGGAUAUUGUGAGCAAUGCCAAUGGGUCUGCACGCUUGCGAUUAGCCAACUCCGAUAUUUUAGUGUGUGUUAAAGUCGAAAUUGACACCCCACUUCCAGAAGCGCCCAAAGAUGGCAAAGUAGAAUAUUUUGUUGAUUGUUCAGCUAAUGCAACUCCAGCAUUUGAAGGACGUGGUGGUGAACAUUUAGCUGCAGAACUCAGUCGCUUUCUUUCCUUAGCUCAUAGCCCAGUAUUUAAUUUGAGCAAAUUGUGUAUUGUUCCUGGACAAUCAUGUUGGAAAUUAUUUGUUGAUGUUCUGAUAUUAGAAUGUGGAGGAAACUUAUUUGAUGCCGUAUCAUUGGCAGCUAAAGCUGCUUUGUGUAACACAAGUUUACCAAAUAUUGUGGGGACAUAUGAGGAUGGUCAAAAUAUUGAUCUCCAGAUAUCUGAUGAUCCAUUUGACACAAAACCAUUAGAUGCAAGUGAUUUAUCCGUGCUAGUGUCUUUAUGCAAGAUUGGCAAUAGUUAUGUGGCUGAUCCAACUAUAGAGGAAGAAAUAUGUGGUGCAGGAUGUAUUGUUGUGUCCGUUACACCUAAAGGUAAUGUAACGGCCGUAUUAAAGAAAGGAGCUGGGAGUUUUAUGCCAGAUACGUUAAAUGAGAUAAUUAUGUCUGGUUCACACAUUGGUAUUCUGUUGAACAAAGCACUCAAUGAAACUCUUACUCAAGACAUGUCCAGUAAUGUUUGUAAGCAACAAUAUGGUUUCCUCAAAUGAAUACAAAUUUAAGUACAUACUUUUUAUUUUAAUGUAAAUAAUAUUUAAUAUAAACAUUUAUACAU